AUGGAAAAGUUCACCAAUUGGAGAGAUAAAGGAACCGGAAUUGCCCCUUUUAUACCUACUCCGCCUCCCUUGGCUCAAGAGAAAGGCUUGAAGGGCUUCCUUGGUGGCAUAAGUUUCGUGCUAAAGCUGGUCCUAGCUUCACCAAUUGUUUUGGUGGCCUUGCUGCUGAAAUGGACGCCUGCUUACCACCCGCUGUGUAAAGUAGCAAUUAAGAUGAUAUUUGGGUGGAAUCUUCAAGUUAGUGUUCAAGGCGUGAAAAGCAGAAAGCAAGGACCUCAAUUUAUGCCCAGCAAAGGCAAAGUCUACAUUGUCAACUACACAAGCCCGCUGGAUCCCUUGGUGCUGUGGUUCAUAGCGCGGGGACCGGUUGCCUUUUGCGUUCCCAAGCCUCAAAGGAAGACUGCGUCGCUAUAUCGCUUGAAUUUUUGGGAGAUAGUUCAAUUUACGCUCGGCGGAUCAACAUGGGGCUCCGCCCAGCACGAUUUCCAGGAGAUAAAGAGUGCUAUGGAGUUAUCAAAUUAUGUGACUUAUGUCUUCGCUGAAGGAACGACUUCAAACGGCAAAAGUGUGCUGCCGUUUGUGGUAACCCAGCAAUUUUGGAAUGAGUUUCUUGGAGAACCAGCCGUGGGAUCCUCUAGCUCUGUAAAGACGCUCACUAGCACGGCCUCACGGGACGCAGAGGUCCGCGCCAUCCACAUCAAGAUCAACAGUUCUCUAACUACGCCUCUCCGCAUCGGCGCAUGGAGGUAUCUUGCUCGUGCAUCUUCUCAAGGUGUGACCUACAAGUGCAGAAUCAGCGAGCCCUUGGGGCGCGACCUCGAGAAAACCAGAGUAGCUUUAUGUGGGGGCGAUAAGUUCAAACUUGUCGGCAAGGAGUUAAACACUGAAUCCAAGAUGAAAUUUGCAGUGGAAUACGGCAGCCGCAGACGCUAG